GCAGUCUGCACGGCUGGUACAUUCCCUCGUUUGGGCCUGAAUGAAUGCUAAACUUGUACCCCUUGUAGAAAUCUCGUGUUUUCACAUCAUCUUUGAUUGCCAAAUCGGAGAACGUGGAGCCAUCUCAAUUAAACGUAAGGAUAUGCCUACUAUCAUGCUCCAGCUUACGGAGCGUCAUGUUUCAACGCUAGGACUGGGAGUUCAUCGACAUGAAAAUCCUAAUUGUCGUCUUCUUGCUCGUCAUGAAUGUCAGUAGUGCCCUAGAUGACAGCGAAGGCUCCUCAGGUUUACCUCCCUGUUCGAAAGAAGUCAGGACGAAACUGAGCAUCAUCUGGAGCUGUCUAGCUACGAUAUUCGCAUCCACCUGGCUCGCUGUACAUCCCAACGUCCCGGGGCGUAACCUUACUAAGGAAGGAUCCUUGUGGCGGAUUUUUGAUCGUCGAGCAAUGAUGUGUUCUCUUGAGCGCCUGAAAUUGAUGCUGAUCGCGAUUCUGGCGCCGGAGGCCUCGGUCGGGUGGGCUAUACGUCAAUUCCUAGUCGCAAGGAAGGUUCGCGCAUAUUCCUCCAAGGACCACGAACUGAAGCUGGUCCACGGUUUUUUCGUUAGCAUGGGAGGGUUCUAUUACGGAAAGGAAGAAAAGCUCGUCACUUUAAAAGACGUUCCCAAGUUCUUGGAGCCACUGGCAAAAGUCCGCGACUUCGAGAUCAAGGACAAGAGUAAAGGAGACGCGCUUUCUAAAAUGGUUGCCGUCCUCCAAAUAUCUUGGUUCGUGGUCCAAUGUUGUGCACGAGCUAUUUGGAAGUUGCCUAUCACGCUGCUGGAGAUGUCGGCCCUUGCAUUUGCGAUGCUGAGCAUCGCUUCUUAUGCGGCAUGGUGGGAAAAGCCGGUUGAUGUCCUGUAUCAUAUUCGUCUCGAAGAGCAUUCUUCGCUGGAUCAAGAUCAGGAUGAUCGUGCGUCCCCUGAAGUUUUUGAUCCCUUUGAUGUCGACACAAAAACGACGGCUCUAUCUCCUACUAGAAGCUUUGACACCUUCGACAAGCCUUCGGGAGUCAAUAGCUCAAACCCCACAGAACUCCCUUCUCCUCUCAAUAUGACUUCUUUUGAACCAACCGUGGGUUAUAGCAGUGGAUGGCUUGACAGUUCUCUUGCAGUCGGCACUUCAGCUCCGAAGGAUACCACUCCCUCUCCUGGACCUUCUCUACUAAAAUUCAUACAAGACUGUUUCAAGACUGUUGAGCGUUGGGGAAAGAGAGCCAUCCGACCUUUCACGGGGAUAUACUUCUCGAUGAUGGGCUUUAUAUUUGGCGAUGACAUUGGCUCGGGGAUUGAAAGACCUGUGCCAACUGCUGCAAUCGGUGCCGUGGGGAUGUCAUGCUGCGAUGGCGGUACAUCAACGGAGGCAGACCAUUUUCUGGUGCGUUUGUUAGCAGUGCUUUAUGUGGGAGGCCUGUUUGGGGCAAUCCACUGUGCGGCUUGGUCAUUUGACUUUCCUUCGCACACGGAAAAGGUACUUUGGCGAGCGUCAUCUCUUGCGAUUGUAAUUGGCCUAUUCUAUGGCGUCGGUCAUAUACUCAUGCGCAAAGGAACAUCCAUGAACUUUGGGUCGAUUGUCUUGUCUGUUUUGGCUGUUGGCGUGUACAUCGUAGCGCGGAUUACUUUGAUUAUCCUUGCACUCUUAGAAUUCCGUUCAUUGCCGCCACUGGCUCUUCGUACCGUAAAUUGGACAACGUUCAUACCUCAUAUAUGA